AUGGAAAUAAUUAACGAAUGGACAAUGCUAAGCAAAUAUUAUCGAUGCUCUACUGCGUAUCUAUUUAAGUUCGUAAAUACAUACGCAUUUCCAAUCCAAUCAAAUCCACCCCUUUAAUUAGCACGCCUUCGCUAAAACAAUUAUCAAGUAAUAACUAAUAACGUGUUACAUUUUCCAACAAAAUUAGGUACAAUGAUGUAAAAAUGGACAUUCUAACAGUUACGACAUUAUCGGCAUCAUAUCCACCGACAGGAAGAUAGUUCAAAGAAUUUUACACCAAAUUCUGCCUUAUCUUUGGUCGUGUGCUUAUCAAAAUUAAUUUUUUAUAUCAAAAACUAUUCAGAAAUUUAGACAAAUCUCAUCUCAUCUUUCUCUCAUUUCUCCAGAUUGUUACAAUAGUCAAACUUCAGGAAUUUUCGGAUAUAUAAAACACCCGGGUUUUCCAUCAAUUCGAUUCCUUAUCUUUAGCCGUGUGCUUAUCAAAAUUAGACACUUUUUUUCUAUCCAAACUAUCCAGAAAUUGAGACAAAUCUCAUCUCAUCCCACUUUCUCUCAUUUCUCCACAUUAUCCCACAAACUUCGGGCAUUUUCGGGCACACAAAAUACCCGGGUAUUCCAUCCUGCAUAAUACAUACAUCGUAGUAAUUCUUGUUCAUAUACCAAAUCCCCGGUUGGAUUCAUGCCCUGUUUUCAGCAAUAAGGAGAAAAUCGUUGUUGCGUUGUUUGAUUAGCUUUAUUUCCGUUUAAUACAAAAAUCUCGACUGUUUUAUUGUCUCUCUCGUCCAAAAGACAGAAAGUUACCCGUGCCAAGAAAGUAAACACCCGAUAUUCGGUUUAUACAGGAUUUAAUUCAGUGCAAUAAACUCCCCAAGAAAAAAAUCCUUGAUCCCGUAUCAAAAAAGUUUUCGUUACAUUCAUCGUUACAGAUAAAAGACAGAUAAAUAAAUCCAAAAUCAAAAUAAUAAUUUGCGAAUAAUUUAUGAAAAUCUAAAUUUAUCAGGAUUUUAAUAAUCCAAAAACUUUCGUUACAAAAAAGACAUAAAAUUCACUAAAAAACGAAAUCAAAACAAUAAUUGGGUUGCGUUACAUUUAUGCAAAUUAUAAUUAACUGAUCCAGGAAAUAAUUAAACCCUAAAUUGACCCAAUUCUCUCCUAAAUUCAAUUAAUUAAAGUCAUUCUAUUCCAUGCCAAUUAAAUAUCUCAAUUUUUGCACGAUUUUCGCCAUGAACUUGCCGAAUGAAGGUUAGGUUACACUCGGUUCUUAUAUUCUAAAUCUUUUUUCGCUAAUACAUGUUGACACGAAUUCGUACUCUCAUCUUUCCACUAUUAAAUCGGAGCCGUACUUUCAACGCGAUUCGUGGCAUUAAUUCGGUCCGUACCACUUCUAGUUGUAUCUCUUCCUAUAAUAAUACGAAGACAGCACUAUUUCUCACCAGCAGCAUUAAAAGUGGAGGAAAAGCAUGCAGUAAUCGUAAUCGGGCCAGUAGUAGCAGUGGUAGGAAUAACAAUAAUAAUACCUCUUUUAAUAUAAGAAGUAGUGGUUUCAUUAGGUUAACCAGUUGCAUUCCUGCCGUGUUAAAGUCGUUAUCAGGACAAAAACCAGUAUCAAUAUCAAGGCUGUUCCCAUCUCUGACUGGAUUUUCGUCCAGUAGCCCAGCAAACUUUGACCAGCUUGGAUUUCAGUCUUCUCGUCAGUACAAAUCGUCUCAAGGAAUUUCCAGGAAAAGUGGGCGGAUUUCAGAAAUGGCUGAAAAGAAACGAGUUUGCAUCAUCGGGUCGGGAAAUUGGGGUUCCGCCAUCUCGAAAGUUAUCGGCUUCAACACCAUCAAAUAUGCCGACGUGUUUGAACCCAUCGUGAAAAUGUACGUGUUCGAAGAGAUUCACGACAACCGGAAAUUGACGGAGUGGAUUAAUGUGCACCAUGAAAAUGCAAAAUAUCUCCCAGGACAUAAACUCCCGGAGAAUAUUGUCGCCGUCCCCGACGUAUUGGAAACUGCGAAGGACGCGGAUAUCUUGAUUUUCGUGUUACCACAUCAAUUCAUCAAGAAAACGUGUGCCCCGCUCGUCGGAAAGAUGAGGCCGGGUGCGUUUGGAUUGUCGCUUAUCAAGGGUUUCGACGUCGCCCCGGAAGGUGGAAUUGAGCUGAUCUCACACAUCAUCACGCGAUUCCUCGACAUCCCCUGCAAUGUUCUUAUGGGGGCUAAUUUAGCGCCGGAAAUUGCAGCUGAAAAAUUCUCCGAGACGACGAUCGGCGUUCUGGACGUCGAACAGGGGAAAAUCCUUCACAAACUUAUCCAAACGGACUACUUCCGCGUCGUUGUCGUAGAUGAUAAGGACACCGUCGAAAUGUGUGGCGCACUUAAAAACAUUGUAGCUUGCGCCGCCGGUUUUAUCGACGGUUUAGGAAUGGGUGACAACACAAAGGCUGCCGUGAUUCGGUUAGGAUUGAUGGAAAUGGUUCGAUUUGCUCAGGAAUUUUACGCUCAUUCCGCCCAACUCGCCACAUUUUUGGAGUCAUGUGGCGUCGCUGAUUUGAUCACGACUUGUUACGGAGGAAGGAAUAGGAAAGUUUCUGAAGCUUUCGUGAAAACGGGAAAGUCCAUGACAGAGUUGGAGGCUGAAAUGCUAAACGGUCAGCGAUUACAGGGACCCAUGACGGCACACGAGGUGAAUACGAUGCUCAAGAUAAAGGGACUUGAAGAAAAGUAUCCCCUCUUCACGGCCGUGCAUCGCAUCUGUGUCGGAGAAAUAGCUGCGCCCGCACUUAUCGAUUGUAUUCGCAAUCAUCCCGAGCAUUUAUCUGGCGAGUUCAUCGUCACUUUUCAGGACCCCAAGUGACCCAGCGAUGUACGACGACCCAUCUUUAAAUCGUCCCUUUAACUGGAACCACUCAAUUUGGGAAUCACUUCACCUUUCACCUUUCUGCAUAACCUUAAUUAAUCUUCCCACAAUUAAACCUGUAUUACUUACUUAAUUCCAAAAUAAGUAUUGAUUUCCUAACAAUUAAUCCGUCUUCUCCUGUAAUAAUAACCUAACCAACAAUCAAAGUUGUGAAAAGUGGCUUAUUAAUUGUUCACCUAUUUAAGUAAGUAAAAUGACAAAUUCAUGCACGGCUUAAUUGUAAAUAUGAGCACAAAUUUCUUAAGAAAAAUUAUUAUGUACCACGUGGCUGUGCCACGUGUCACUUUUACAUCUAUGCAAAUUUUUGUGGUUAAAAAAAUAUAUAAAAAAUAUGCAAAUUUAGUUAUUUUUGUAGCAGACUUUUUAGAAAAUACGUAGAUUUGUUUAGAGAUUUGUUUCCUGUUGCUGCCGCCUUAUAAAAAUUGUUACAAUAAUAACUAAGAAAAAUUGGUAGACUUAAAUUUCUGAAAAAUUUUUUGACUAUUUUCAAAGGUAAGGUUUGUACGUCACAAAAAAAGUGUAUUAAAUAUUUUAUGAGCUAGUAAUAUCGCUGAGAAGUAAAAAAUUAGUUAUGAAAAUGGUAAAAAAAUAGUUUCAAAAUGUACACACGCCUUAAUUUUGCCUUAUCCAUAAUUAAUCUACCUCUUGCUAAUUGACAUAUGUAAAUUUUUAAUUGAUUAAUUAAGAAACAUUCCUUAAAGUUAAAUACCUUUCCUCAACGAAAUUAUUACUUUUAAAUUUUUAAAUGUGACAGCAUUUUCAAAAUUCAUGCUAAAUAAAUACAUAACUUGUGUAUGAAA